UCGUAUCUGGGGACCGUCGUACUGUCAAGGACGACCAAUACUUCAUCGACGACCGCACGACCAUAUGGGGAAAAGACAAACCAGAGGGAAAUGUGCCCAUCUUGCCCCGAGGUUACCAGUUUCCCUUUAAGUUCCAGUUACCAGAGAGCUCUUUGCCGUGUUCCUUUGAGAGCAAGAGUGGCACAAUACGAUACUACAUUAAGGUGACUGUGGACAUCCCCUACGCCUCACCGCCUCAGGGUGAAGUAUUUACUAUUAUUGGUCCACAUAUAGACUGUAUGGACGAGCAGUACCUGAAGCCGAUGGUGGGUCACGUACGUUCCCUCUGCUGCCUGUGCUGUAAGAGAGGGCCAGUCUCCCUCAGGACCCAGCUUGAGCGGACAGCCUACGUGUGUGGUGAGAGCAUCAAGCUUAAGGCCGACAUCGACAACCAGAGCGAGGAGGAGAUCAGGCUCAAACUCAAGCUGGUCCAAUAUGUAGAGUACUUCAUCGACCGGGGCGUACUGGGAGUGACGAAGGACGUACAGCACCAGGUGUUGGAAUAUGCUGGUGACCCGGUAGCUCCCGGUACACGAUGGAAGUUUGAUUCAUCUCAGAGUCUAGUGGUCCCGGUGAUGCCUCCCACGCUUAUCGGUGUGUGUAGACCUCUCCAGAUCUACUAUGUCCUCAAGGUCCACAUCUCAAUGAGUAAAUCAGGGGAAGACCUCCACAUGCACUUUCCCAUCACCAUCGCCACAGUCCCUUUCCGGAUCCCAAAUUCCAACCAACAGCCUAAUAUAACCUACAGUGUGUGUUGUGACCACGUGGAGGGCGGACUGUACACGGGGCCAGAGUUUCAACUUGGACAGGUGUAUGACGGGGGUUUAGACAGUAACCCCGAGUCUGUUUUACUCUACCGCCCUGUCUACGCUUGUAUACCCAACCCCAAGCUGAACAACACUCCAGCCGUCAGAUCCCGUAUGAUGAUAGAGGAGGGCGGCAGUAUGAGGGCGGCAAGUGUGAGGGCGGCCAGUGUCAGCGGCAGUAUGAGGGCUGGAAGCAUCAUGGGUGGUGGCAGUUUCAGAGCUCGAAGUGUUAGUGGUAGUGUGAGAGGCAGUAGUGGCACGGCGACGGGUGGUAGUGUGAGGGGUGGUAGUAUUGUGAUGGGUGGUGGUGGUAGUGGGCUUAUAGGUGGUAGUGGUAGUAUGCGGGGUGGUAGCUGUGUGGGUGGUGGUGGUAAUAUGAUAAGCACCGUGAGCACUGUGGGUGGUGGUGCUGGUGGUGGUGGUGGUG